AUGUCUAAAUCUAUGGCACUAGUUGUUGUGUUAUAUUUUGUUGUUUUUUGUGGAGAAAGCUAUGGGGAACUUAAAGUUGGGUUUUACAAAGGAAAAUGUGGGGUGACAAAUGUUGAAGAUGUUGUACAAAAUGUAGUAGAAACAUGGUUUUUUACAAGGAAGGAUAUGAAUAUUGCAGCUCUUCUUCUUCGCAUGCAAUUUCAUGAUUGCUUUGUUAAGGGUUGUGAUGCAUCAAUCCUAUUGGAUGGACUCACUAGUGAGAAAACAGCAGGCCCAAAUAGAAGUGUUAAGGGAUAUGACCUCAUUGAUGCAAUCAAAGAGGCUUUAGAGGCAGAAUGCAAAGGCCUAGUCUCUUGUGCUGACAUUAUUUCUAUGGCAACUAGAGAUGCUGUUCUCUUGGGUGGAGGAAAAUGGUAUGAUGUAGAAACAGGAAGAGAGGAUGGAAAUGUUUCCUCAGCAUCAAAUGUGGAUCUUCCUGGUGCAUCCAUUUCAGUCUCUGAUUCCAUCAAAGCCUUUGGCAAGAAAAAACUUUCUCCAACAGACAUGGUUUAUCUUCUAGGUGGCCACACUGUUGGAAUUGCUCAUUGCUCACUCUUCCAAGAUAGGAUAUACAACUUCAAUAACACUGGUGGUCCUGAUCCAACCAUGAGCCAAUGGCUAUUGUCUGAGUUAAAGAAGAAGUGUCCUAGAGUUUCAUUAUUUGACAACAUUUAUCCUCUUGAUGUGAAGACUCCAUCUUUUGUAGAUAACUCAUUUUUUCAGGAAAUUCAAAAGGGAAAUGGGGUUCUUAAAAUUGAUCAACAAAUAGCAUUGGAUGAAUUGACAAAGGAUAUUGUAGGUGAUAUUGUCAAUGAACCUGAUUUUUUCACUAAGUUUGGGGAGGCCAUGGUGAAAUUGGGUAAAGUUGAAGUACUAACUGAUGGACAAGGAGAAGUGAGGACAUCAUGUAGGGUUGUGAAUAAGAAGCCAUUCAAUUUUGGGGUGCUCAAUUAGGACAAGCAUAUUCUGUAAACUUAUUCUCUGUGUUGUUCGCAUUUUUAAAAAAGGUUAUUACACUCGUGCUCAUUCUUUUUUUUAAAAAGACACAUUCUUUAGAGGAUC